AUGAUUCUCACAAAUUAUACCGAUGUUUUUGAUAAUGAUUCAUUGAUAGAAUCAUUGGAAAUAGCAAAUCCAUGUCCACGACAACGAAGUAUUACUCGACCAUUAUUGUUUGUUCAUAAUUAUGCUUUAUUUUUCUUUGGUUCAAUAUUCAAUUUUCUUGCAUUUGUUAUUCUAAUGCAACGUUCAUUAAGAUGUCAUUCAACAUUUGCUUAUUUAGCAUUUCUAUCCUUAUCAAAUGGUUUACUAUCAUUAGUACAUUUUUCUAAAUGGAUGUUUAAAUAUUAUUUUAAUAUAUUAUUUGAAAGUUAUUUGAUAACAUGUCGUUUUCAUCGUUUUCUAUCAGAUUUUUUAACACAUUUUAGUUUAUUUACAUUAAUAUGUGUUAAUAUUGAUCGAGCUCGAACAGUAACAAAAAGUCAUCCCAGUAAAAGAUAUUCAAAAUCAAAAUUUCAUUUAAUAUUAAUGAAAGAAAUUCUUGUUGCAAGUAUUUUAUGUGCCUUUCAUUUUCAUUGGAUUAUUAAAUAUGGUUCUGAAGUUUCGGAUGGUGAAAGAAAAGUAGCAUUAUGUCGUUUUAAUGAUAAUCAAUCAACAACAAUUUAUUAUUAUUUUCUUACAACAAUAUAUCCACCAUUUGAAUUAGUGGUAUUUUUUUGUCUUCCACUAUUAAUUAAUAUAUUUUGUACAAUAAUUAUUAUAAGAAGUUUAAGUAUGAGAAUGCGUACAGCUGAAAAACUUCGACCAUCAAAACUAAGUCUUCAAGAUAAAAUGAUAAAAACAAAAUUACCAGGAAUAUUAUCUUAUUUAAUGCCAACAAAAGCGAGUAAAACAAAUUUACAUUCAUGUUGUUGUUUACAAAUUCAAUGUCGACGACAUACACGUAUUAGAUUAAAAAUUGGUCGAACAAAACAAAGUUUAAAUAAAUAUCAUGAAGAAAAUAAAACAAUUGAUCGACAACAAUCAAUAACAAGUUUAUCAAAUGAUAAUCAAGUACAAGGAACAUUAAAAAAUACAUCAAAUAUAUUAAAUAAAAGUCAUCGAACAAGACGUACACGUGAUAUACAUUUAUCAGCAAUGCUUAUUAGUUUAAAUAUACUUUAUUUAUUAUUAAAUUUACCAUUUAAUUUACAUCAAACAUUUGUUAAAAAAUUAUAUAAUAUAAAUUCAGAUUGGUGUAAUAUUAUGUUUAUUAGUUUAUUAUUUGAUGCUUUACAACAAACAUUUUUUACAACAAAUUUCUUUUUAUAUAUUUUAACAAAUCGACGUUUUAGAGAAGAAUUUUAUAAUACAAUGAUUAAAAUAUUAACACGUUGUAAACAAAAUCCUUCAAGAGACAAACAAAAUAAUAAUAAUAAUAAUAAUAAUAAUCAAUAUAGAAAACAAAUACGUUCAUCAAGUUUUACUGCAUCAACAAAAAAGAGAACAAAUUCAACAAAUGAAAAUCAAAUAAAUUGGAUACCAACUAGUCAAAAUGGUGAUAGUAUUAUAUCUGAUUUAGAAUUACCUUCAACAUCACCAGCACUUCAACAAACAAUUGCAUUAAUUAAUGAAAAUAAUAAAUCUAAUCAGAAAUUAGUUAUGUUCAAAGAUUAA